GACAUUCCUGGCUCUUCGGCCCGGGGCGGAGGAGCUCCGGGCGGGUGAGUGUGCCAGCCCUGCCGGGAUCGUGACCCGCGCGCGCGGGAGCCGGGCGGCGGAGGAGCCAGGAAGGUGGUCAGUGGGAAGUCUGGCCCUGAUCCUGAGAUCAGCUGGAAGGAAAUGUGGCUGCUCUUGGCCCUGUUGAGCAUCUUUCAGGGGACACCAGCUUUGUCCCUUGAGGCCUCUGAGGAAAUGGAGCAGGAGCCCUGCCUAGCCCCAAUCCUGGAGCAGCAAGAGCAGGUGUUGACGGUGGCCCUGGGGCAGCCUGUGAGGCUGUGCUGUGGGCGCACCGAGCGUGGUCGUCACUGGUACAAAGAGGGCAGCCGCCUAGCAUCUGCUGGGCGAGUACGGGGUUGGAGAGGCCGCCUGGAGAUCGCCAGCUUCCUUCCUGAGGAUGCUGGCCGAUACCUCUGCCUGGCCCGUGGCUCCAUGACCGUCGUACACAAUCUUACGUUGCUUAUGGAUGACUCCUUAACCUCCAUCAGUAAUGAUGAAGACCCCAAGACACUCAGCAGCUCCUCGAGUGGUCAUGUCUACCCACAGCAAGCACCCUACUGGACACACCCCCAACGCAUGGAGAAGAAACUGCAUGCAGUGCCUGCCGGGAAUACUGUCAAAUUCCGCUGUCCAGCUGCAGGGAACCCCAUGCCUACCAUCCACUGGCUCAAGGAUGGACAGGCCUUCCACGGGGAGAAUCGUAUUGGAGGCAUUCGGCUGCGCCACCAACACUGGAGCCUGGUGAUGGAAAGUGUGGUACCCUCGGACCGUGGCACAUACACAUGCCUUGUGGAGAACUCUCUGGGUAGCAUUCGCUACAGCUAUCUCCUGGAUGUGCUGGAGCGGUCCCCGCACCGGCCCAUCCUGCAGGCGGGGCUCCCAGCCAACACCACAGCUGUGGUUGGCAGCGAUGUGGAGCUACUCUGCAAGGUGUACAGCGACGCCCAGCCCCACAUACAGUGGCUGAAACACGUCGUCAUCAACGGCAGCAGCUUCGGCGCCGACGGUUUCCCCUACGUACAAGUCCUGAAGACAACAGACAUCAAUAGCUCGGAGGUAGAGGUCUUGUAUCUGAGGAACGUGUCCGCUGAGGAUGCAGGAGAGUAUACCUGUCUGGCGGGCAACUCCAUCGGCCUUUCCUACCAGUCAGCGUGGCUCACGGUGCUGCCAGAGGAAGACCUCACGUGGACAACAGCAACCCCUGAGGCCAGAUACACAGAUAUCAUCCUGUAUGUAUCAGGCUCACUGGUUCUGCUUGUGCUCCUGCUGCUGGCCGGGGUGUAUCAUCGGCAAGUCAUCCGUGGCCACUACUCUCGCCAGCCUGUCACUAUACAAAAGCUGUCCCGUUUCCCUUUGGCCCGACAGUUCUCUUUGGAGUCGAGGUCCUCUGGCAAGUCAAGUUUGUCCCUGGUGCGAGGUGUCCGUCUCUCCUCCAGCGGCCCGCCCUUGCUCACGGGCCUUGUGAAUCUAGACCUGCCUCUCGAUCCGCUUUGGGAAUUCCCCCGGGACAGGUUGGUGCUCGGAAAGCCCCUGGGUGAGGGCUGCUUUGGGCAAGUGGUUCGUGCAGAGGCCUUUGGUAUGGAUCCCUCCCGGCCCGACCAAACCAGCACCGUGGCUGUGAAGAUGCUGAAAGACAAUGCCUCCGACAAGGAUUUGGCAGACCUGGUCUCCGAGAUGGAGGUGAUGAAGCUAAUCGGAAGACACAAGAACAUCAUCAACCUGCUGGGUGUCUGCACUCAGGAAGGGCCCCUGUACGUGAUUGUGGAAUGUGCCGCCAAGGGAAACCUUCGGGAAUUCCUCCGUGCCCGGCGCCCCCCAGGCCCUGAUCUCAGCCCUGAUGGACCUCGGAGCAGCGAAGGACCACUCUCCUUCCCGGCCCUAGUCUCCUGUGCCUACCAGGUGGCCCGAGGCAUGCAGUAUCUGGAGUCUCGGAAGUGCAUCCACCGGGACCUGGCUGCCCGAAAUGUGCUGGUGACCGAGGAUGAUGUGAUGAAGAUCGCUGACUUUGGGCUGGCACGUGGUGUCCACCACAUUGACUACUAUAAGAAAACCAGCAACGGCCGCCUGCCAGUCAAAUGGAUGGCUCCAGAGGCAUUGUUCGACCGCGUGUACACACACCAGAGUGACGUGUGGUCUUUCGGGAUCCUGCUGUGGGAAAUCUUCACCCUCGGGGGCUCCCCAUACCCUGGCAUUCCGGUGGAGGAGCUCUUCUCACUGCUGCGAGAGGGGCACAGGAUGGAGCGGCCCCCAAACUGCCCCUCAGAGCUGUAUGGGCUAAUGAGGGAGUGCUGGCACGCAGCCCCAUCUCAGAGGCCUACUUUUAAGCAGCUGGUGGAAGCUCUGGACAAGGUCCUGCUGGCUGUCUCUGAAGAGUACCUUGACCUCCGCCUGACCUUUGGACCCUUUUCUCCCUCCAAUGGGGAUGCCAGCAGCACCUGCUCCUCCAGUGACUCGGUUUUCAGCCACGACCCUUUGCCCCUCGAGCCAAGCCCCUUCCCUUUCUCUGACUCGCAGACGACAUGAGCCGGGGAGCAGCAAUGUUGUAUGGGCUACGCGGCCCAUGGCCGUGGGUCUCCUCGCUGAGCUGCAACCUGAUGCAUCGACAUUUAAUGUUGGCAGUGUCAGGCCUCUGACUUGAGACUACUGCUGUCGCAGAUCCUCUCUCUGGCCCUGUUUUGGGGAGGGCCAUUCUUGGUCCUAAGGUUCAUAGUUGAGGCCUUCUGUUCCAGCCUUAUGCUCCCAUCUCAGAGUUCAACUCUCAUCUCAAGAUCAUGGCCUUGCCCUUGGACUCAUCCUCAGAGAAGUUAAGCAUUAAGGCCUUGGCACGCAGCCUCCGUCUCCGGGGCUCUCCGGGACUAGCUGCAAAACUUAUGCUCUAAACAUUUCUAGUUCCCCCAAACAACCUAGAGGCCUUGGGACUUCACAUCCCCCAGCACACAAGCCUCACCACCCCCUGCCAUCCCCCCUCCAUUGCUUGUUCCAGCAUCUUGGUGAAAGGGGCAUCAGCUCUGGUGUCCCUGAGAGACGAGAAGCCUGUGGGAACGACAGAAGAACAUGGCAUUUUUAUAAAUUAUUUUUUUGAAAUAAAUCUCUGUGUGCCUGGUGGC